AGAAGCUUAUUACUGGGUAUACAGAAUGGCUCCACAGUCAGAACCUACACUGGGAAAACCGGAAAUUGGAGCCAGUGUUCCACAGCUUUUUACCUGGGAAGAGAUUGGAAUUCACUCAGGUCAGGGUUCUUCCAAGCAGGACCAAUGGCUGGUCAUCAACAGGAAGGUUUAUGAUAUCAGCAACUUCUACCGGCAGCAUCCGGGAGGAAGCCGUGUCAUCAGCCACUUUGCAGGACAGGAUGCCACGGAUGCCUUCACAGCUUUUCACAAGGAUGAAGCUUUGGUGAAGAAAUACUUGAACUCACUGCUGAUUGGAGAGCUGGCACCAGAUCAGCCUUGCUGCGAGCCCAGCAAAAAUGAGUUGCUGGUAAAGGAUUUUCGUGAUCUCAGUGUUACUGUCAAGAAGAUGGGACUCAUGGAUUCCAAUUAUCUCUUCUUUGCCCUCAUGUUCCUACACAUCAUUCUGUUGGAUAUUGCUGCCUGGAUGAUUAUCUACUAUUUUGGAACUUCCUGGGUGCCUUUUAUUUUUAGUAUGUUCACAUUUGCAAUUGCUCAGGUCCAGUAUGGGUGGUUCCAACAUGAUCUGGGGCAUAUCUCAGUCUUCAAGGGCACCAAACACAACCGAUGGUUUCACAUGUUUGUGAUGGGUAUCUUCCAGGGUGGACCAGCUAGCUGGUGGAACCACAUGCACAACCAGCACCAUGCGAAACCCAACUGCUACCGCAAGGACCCAGAUCUCAAUAUGCACCCCAUCCUGUUCAGCCUGGGGAAGACACUGUCUCGAGAGCUUGGGAAAAUGAAGAAGAAAUCUAUGCCUUAUAACCACCAGCACAAGUACUUCAGCCUGGUUGCCCCAGGUGCACUUGUCCCUUUCUUUCAAUGUAUUUCACUCUACUUCAUAUACUCGAGGAAAAGGUGGUUGGAGUUCUUUUUCGUAUUGAUCUUCCAUAUCCGCAUCUUUCUCAUGUAUAUUCCUUUAAUGGGAUUUAGGAGCUUCAUGGCACUCUACUGGACGGCCAGGUUCCUGCAAGCUUGUUGGUUCAUCUGGGUCGCACAAAUGAACCACAUCCCAAUGCACAUUGAUUAUGACAAGAAUUUGGACUGGGUCUCUUCUCAGCUGGCAGCAACAUGUAAUGUGGAACAGUCUUGGUUCAACGACUGGUAUACUGGACACUUGAAUUUCCAGAUUGAACACCAUCUCUUUCCCAUGAUGCCCCGACACAACUACUGGAAGGUGGCCCCCCUGGUGAAAUCCCUCUGUGCCAAGCAUGGUGUUGACUACCAAUGCAAGCCACUCCUCACUGCUUUUGCAGACAUUUUACACUGUCUAAAGGAGUCAGGAGACACCUGGCUUGAAGCCUACUUACAUGCAUAAGAAAAAGAGAGAUCUUCGAAAAGAGUAAUCUUUUUCAUACGGCUGCUACCACAGAGCUCCAGCAUUUGGGGGGAAAGGCA